AUGGACCUCACGGACGGACCUGGCGGAUGGACCUCACGAACGGACCUCACGGAUAGACCUCACGGACGAAUCUCACGGGCCUCACGGACGAACCUGGCGGAUGGACCUCACGGACGGACCUCACGGACCAACUUCACGGAUGGACCUCACGGACGGACCUCACGGACGAACCUGGCGGAUGGACCUCACGAACGGACCUCACGGAUAGACCUCACGGACGAAUCUCACGGACCUCACGGACGGACCUGGCGGAUGGACCUCACGGUUGGACCUCACGGACAGACCUCACGGACGGACCUGACGGAUGGACCUCACAGACCUCACGGACGAACCUCACGGACCUCACGGGCGGACCUCACGGACGAACUUCACGGACGGACCUCACGGACCUCACGGACGGACCUCACGGACCUCACGGACGGACCUCACGGACGAAUCUCACGGACGGACCUCACGGAUGGACCUCACGGACGGACCUCACGGAUGGACCUCACGGACGAACCUCACGGACUGACCUGA